AUGAAUAUAGGUGCUGGUGGCGAUAUGGUUACGUGCGUGUAUGGGAGUAGGCGGCAUUGGCAAUCGUCGGCAAUUUGCUUUGGCAUCAAUGGUGAGAGACGACUCAAGAAAUUUACUCUUCAUCUGGAUGUUAAAAUUUUGAGUAAUUUGAGGUUACGCUCGACAUCAAGGAUUCUGCUUUCUAUGGAGAAGAAGAGGCACUUUUACAAGACGAGUAGCAGUAAAGCCCUAAAGCAAGUCUUGAGCCCAAAUCUUAAAGGCCCUGUUGUGUUUUCUCCCAAAAUUCCUGCCGAGACUUUACAAUCAGCUCUUGCAAAUGAAACCCAGUUGCUAGGAUCAAGUCCCAAUGGGAAGUACAACAAGACUGUACUGGACAAUGGCCUCAUUGUUGCAGUCAAGCAGCUCGAGCCGUUUGAGAAUGUUUCUAUUGAAGCUCAGAGUCAGUCAGUCGAGAAAACGAUACAGCAGGAGCUCGAAAUUCUUGCUAGCUUAAGGCAUAGGAAUUUGAUGAGUUUGAGGGCUUAUAUUCAUCAAUCCCGCAGGUAUUAUUUGAUUACUGAUUAUGCCCCAACUGAUAGUCUUGAAGAUGUAAUGAGAAGACCCUCAAAUGUGAUGUUGGACUCACGAUUUGAACCAAGGUUAGCAGAUUAUGGCUUGGCUAUGAUUAUUCCCAAUGUUUUUAGAGCUGCUUCAGGCUACAGUGCUCCAGAGUGCUCUCAGAAUGACGGGUAUACAGAUAAGAGUGAUGUGUUUAGCUUUGGGGUAAUCUUGGGUGUUCUAUUAACCAGUAAAGACCCAUUAGAUCCUUUUUCUGGGGAAGCAAAUGUUGAAAAUAAUGGCAAUGGAGAAGAAAAUUAUAAAAGUAUAUCAAUGAAGGCUUGA